AACAUCUUCUUUUCAUUGAAACGAGACUUUAUGCCCACUUUUCAAAGUAAAUCGAAGGAGUUUGAAUCAUGGUCCAUGGAUAGUGACAUGGAGGAGCAUGAGUUGGAAAAAGCAGGGGAUAAUGAAAAAAUUGAGAUAAGAACUCCAAUGACAGAGGUAGAAGAUGAUGACGUGGCAAAACUUACACAAGAAGAUAACAAAAGUCCUCGAACACAAGAUAGGGGAAAGGAUGAAGGGUCUGUUCAAGAAGUAGGUGACAGCCUAGAGGAAAUUCAAAAUUUGAUUGAUGUCGAAGGCAGAGAAAGGGCAAAAGGACUGAUGCAGAAACAGGGAGAGCGUCAACUGUCAGCGGGUUUUGAGGAAGAUAAUAGAGUGCAUUUGAGCUGCAAAGAAAACCCAAAAGAAAAGAUCUACAAAGAGCCCAUAGUUAGACUGGACAGCCCAGUAUUGGAGGAGGCGACAAACAUGGGCUUGGCCCAAUUAAGCACAACGGGGAAUACAAAAUCAGCUAAAAAAGAAGAAGAAUCCAAAAAUAGAGGGAGUGCUGGCGAAAAUGUCGAGGAAGAGGGGGAAGACCCAUUCUGGAAAGGGUUCAAAAGUGAGGAAGGACGACUAAAAGAAUGGAUGGGAAGAAAGAUAGUAAGGAAUCCAAAGAGAAAGAAGAGGAGAAUUAGAUCAUGCAAGGUGAUGUACUUGAAACCUAAAGCAAUUGGAGAAGAAACACAAAGAAGAAAGGGACAAGGAAGACAAAGCAAGCAAAAAACAAAGGAGUGGACAUCAUCAGAAUCUAUAUCAUGUUCCGAUGGCCAAGCCAUCGAUGCUUCAGUUGGAGAUAGUGAAAUUCGGAAUUGUCUUGGAAGGGUUGGGAAAAAAAGACAGAUUAGGGAUAUUGUUAGGAAGGAGAAAGUAGAAUUUUUAGCACUUCAAGAGAUUAAGAUGGAGAAAGUGGACAGGAAUGUAUGUAGGAGGUUAUGGGGAAUUGAUGAUCAUAAAUGGAUUAUGAAACCAUCAGAGGGUUUGUCAGGAGGAUUAUUGUGUAUUUGGAGCUCAAAAGUGUUCAAAAUGAAGAAAGUCCUUGAGGGAAGAAACUAUAUCGGUGUGUUUGGGUUAUGGGGAGAAAAGGAGAUACCAGUUUAUAUUAUGAACAUAUAUUGUCCUUGUUUAUUAAUGGGCAAAAGAGCUUUAUGGGAAGAAUUGCAAACAAUGGUUACUAGUUGCAAGGGUAAUUGGUGCUUGAUGAGGGAUUUCAAUGCGGUGAGAAGAACAAUAGAAAGGGCAGGGUGUAAAGGGGUAUUGAGGGAAAUGAAUGACCUUGAUUGCUUUAUUCAUGAAUCUGGAUUGGUAGACUUGCCCUUAAUAGAUAGGAAGUAUACUUGGUAUAACUCCAAUGGCCAACACAUGAGCAGAAUAGACAAAUUCGUGCUAUCGGAAGAUUGGGUUAUGAAUUGGAGUGAUGUUAAGCAAUGGGGGUUGAGUAGAAUAAUGUUAGAUCACUACGUUAUCCUACUAAAAAAUGAGAUGGUUGAUUGGGGCCCUAAACACUUCAAGUUCUUUGAUGCUUGGCUGGAACAAUCGGGAUGCACAGAGGUGAUAAAAAAUGCAUGGAACUCUAGUGGGAGAAAGGGUUGGAAAUGCUUUAGGUUCAAGGAGAAGCUAAAAGGAACCAAGAAAGCCUUAAAGGAGUGGAGUGGAAAUUCCACAACGGAAGUUGAUAGUAAAAUAAAAGAAGCUGAAAAGGAGAUUACGUCACUAGAUGAAAAAGGUGAGAAAGCCCAAUUGUCUGCAAGUGAUGUCAAGAACAGGAGAAACUAUUUUCUUGAGCUAUGGAAGUAUCAGAAAAUUAAGGACAACAUGUGGCAACAGAAGUCAAGGAUAUUGUGGCUAAAAGAAAGGGAUGCAAAUACAAAGUUUUCCCAUAAAUGUGUGAAGGGAAGAUGGAGAAGAAAUGAGAUAAAUAGCUUACAAAUCAAUGAGGAGCAGUGGCAGAGACCGAAACUUGAAGGUAUUGAUCUGAAACAAAUAUCCCACACAGAUAGUGAACUUUUCACGGCAAAAUUCUCCAAAGAGGAGAUUAAACAAGUAGUUUGGGAUUGCGAAUCUUCGAAAUCUCUGGGUCCAAAUGGAUUUAAUUUCAAGUUUGUGAAGGUUAUGUGGGAAGACAUUAAAGUAGAUAUUGGUGGGUUUUUACAGGAGUUUCACAAACAUGAAGGGCUUAAUGGGUUAGUGUCUUCUGCAAUGGGUAAAGAGCUGUAUAAGGGAGUGAUGGUAGGAAAUGGUGCUAUUUUAGUUUCUCACCUACAAUGUGUAGAUGAUACCAUAUUUUUUGAGGAGGCAUCCGAAGAUAACAUCAAGGCGGUUAAAUGUAUUAUGAGAAUUUUCGAGCUUGUCUCAGGGCUCAAAAUCAACUUCGAGAAAAGCCAGCUAAUGGGAGUUGGAGUUGAGGAGGAUUGGAGAGAGAAAAUGGCUAUUAGAUUAUGUUGUAAAGUGGGGGAUUUCCCAUUUAAAUACUUGGGGAUCCCUACUGGAGGAAACCAUAGAAGGCUAACAAUGUAGCAACCAUUGGUGGAAUCUUUUAAAACGAAGUUAGCAAGUUGGAAGGUCGGCAUCUCUCUUUUGGCGGUCGAAUCACGCUCAUCAAUUCAGUGUUGUCUGGUAUACUUGUCUUCUGGAUGUCCAUCUACCUAAUCCUGAAAGGUAUACUUAUUUCUAUUGAUAAAAUUCGCAAAAAUUU